UGUUGUCACUCAAAAACCCUAAAAACUCUCUCCUUGAAGCUUGAAGCUUGAAGCUUGAAGCAUGGCUCCGAGACUUCUCCUCUCUAAUCUCACGAGAAUUUUGUGCAAUUUGCGCAAAGAUCUAAGCUUUGAGAGCGCGAGCUGUUGGAUUUCAUCUCUAUCAAUGUCCACAGCUCGUCUCAGUACAAUCCCUGGUAGAAAUCGAAGAGAAAGAGAUCCCUCCGAGGACGAAUUCCUCCGGAGCCUCAACUUCGGAGAUGAUGAAGAUGAUCAGAAGCAUGAGAACCUCCAUGAGAAGCGGCCGUUGAGAGGUGUCAAAAGGCCUGAGCUUUCUCAUGGCGAGAGGCGAUCAGUUGGAGCUGCUGAAGAUUUCAGUGAUAAGGAGUUUGGAAAGCCAGAUAGAAUCCCUAGAAGUUCUUUUAAUCAAAGGUCUGAUAGAGUUUUCAGAGGAGAGAAAGCUGGAGAAUUUGGGAUGAAUUCUGAAGCUCCAAGGCGGCGGCGAUCCGGCAAUGAAUCCAAGUUUGAUGGUCGUUUGAAUGAUUUGAAUAGCAAGGAUGAAAGAAGAGAUCGAUCUGGAACUUCUCUCUUUGAAAAAUUGAAUCUUGGGAAAGGUUCUGGUGGAGUUGAGAAGAAGGAAGGACCAUCAGCUGAAAAGCCGAAAACUGAAUCUUUAGAGUCUGAAACUUCAGUUCAGGAUGCAGAUGAGAUAUUCAAGAAAAUGAAAGAGACGGGGUUGAUACCGAAUGCGGUCGCAAUGCUUGAUGGACUCUGUAAGGAUGGUUUGAUCCAAGAUGCAAUGAAGCUGUUUGGUUUAAUGCGGGAGAAGGGAACAAUCCCUGAAGUAGUGAUUUACACGGCCGUGAUCGAGGGGUUCUGCAAGGCCGGGAAGUUUGAUGAUGCAAAGAGAGUGUUUAGGAAGAUGCAGAAGAAUGGGAUUGUGCCGAAUGCUUUCAGUUAUGGAGUUAUCAUUCGAGGUUUGUGCAAUGGUAUGAGCUUGGACGACGCGGUGGAGUUCUGUGAUGAGAUGUUGGAUGCCGGGUUUGCUCCUAAUCCGGCGACUUUCAUUGGUUUGAUUGAUGCAUUGUGUAAAGAGAAAGGGAUGGCGGAAGCUGAGGGUCUUGUGAAGCGGUUGCGACAGGAGAAAGGUUUUCCGGCCGAUGAUAAGGCUAUUCGAGAGCAUAUGGACAAGAAAGGGCCUUUUUCGCCGAUGGUUUGGGAGGCGAUUUUCGGGAAGAAAGGUUCGCAGAAGUUCUUCUGAAUCUUCCCUUUGGUGUUUUUGGUGAGGUAACUGAUACUUGAGAGCAUAAUCUUCAUGAUUUUUUUCUGCAUAUUCUACUUUAAUUUAUGAGCAUUGUGCUGUUCUAAAGCAAUGUGAAAGUUAGUUUUCGAUCAUUCGUCUUACAAUUAUUGUUCCAUAAACAAAGUAGAAGGUUAUUAAUGAGGAAGGUUGUGUUGAACUUCUCGAUAAUUAAAGAGUUCUCUAUGAUCAUUUUGAUAA